AUAGGAAAUGCUGCCGCAGUAAACUAAUUCCAAACGGUGCUACCUGCUUCUAGCGACAAAAUACUUAGUUGAUAAGCCCCUAUCUAUUAAACAACACUUUUCCUAACUGAUCCAACUUUGAAGCUAUUCCAAUUUUCCCUAUAAGAUAAAAGCAUCCAAAUCAAUUCUUCUCCAUGUGCUUCAAUGCGGUAUACUUGCAGUAUAGCGCGUGAGGGACUCGAGACAGCUCAGCGGAGCCUCCUGAUUGGUGGAUCGUCGCCACCUUCGGUAUCUCUGCGUUGGGGGGAGCUUGAGGAAGGACUACAGCUGCAGAGCUCGUACUCGUUUGUUCAUCUUAGAUAACUAAGACGCACCCACACUUAUCGCCAACUUGUCAGAAGUCAAAUAUGGCCGCAGUUGGGAGACAGAGGUACUCUUUGUAUUGGGAAGAGACCGAGUGCCUGAGUUAUUACGGAAUGCUGUCCCUUCACGAAAUCUUCGAAGUUGUUGGUUCCCAGUUGACGGAGACUGACGUCGAAGUGCUGUCCUUCUUGCUGGAAGAAACGUACCCUGGACAGCAUCCCCUAGAUCCGGCGGGCUGGACCCCCGAUGUUUCUGACGAAGAUUCGCCUAGUCACAGGCUUCUGGAGGCCUGGCGUCGGAUAGAGCCUCGCUCGGCCCCGUGUCCUUCAGAAUCGCGACACAGACCCAAAAGCGGCUUAGAGCUGCUACUGGAGCUGGAGAGGCGUGGGUAUGUAAGCGAAGGGAACUUGGAGCCUCUGUUGCAACUUCUUCGAGUCCUGACGCGGCACGAUCUUCUUCCGUUUGUAUCCCGCAAGAAAAGGAGGACAGUGUCACCAGAACGUCAUAAUGUGGAGCUCUUGGCUGAAGACCAAAGGGAAGUUAGCUGUGUCGAACUGAUCAACAGCUACAGACAGACAAACUAUUCACAAGACUACUCAUCGCAGCAGUGGAGGGCAGGUGUCGAUCCAUCAAGACAGACACGCUCUUCUGCUCGCCGGAAGCGUGGCCGUGGUACCCGGCGUGCAAAUCUGACUCCCCAACAGAGGGUGGCAGAAUUGUCAGAAGCCCUCCCUGCACCACAGCCUGUACAAGAGAAAAUCACCUGCGACAUCCGGCUGCGCGUGCGGGCCGAGUACUCGGAGCACGAGUCGGCGCUGCGAGGCGGCGUGUCCUCAGACAAGCAGCAGCCCCUUGAACGCCAGUUCGAGCUCUUCAGCAGGGCCAGUUCAGUGCUGCGUGCCCGUGACCUCGGCUCCAUCAUCUGUGACAUCAAGUUCUCGGAGUUGACCAACCUCGACGCCUUCUGGGCCGACUACCUGAGCGGGGCGCUUCUGGAAGCGCUCAAGGGUGUCUUCAUCACCGACUCCCUGAAGAGAGCCGCGGGCCACGAGGGAGUACGGCUUCUGGUCAGUGUGGACCAGGAUGAUUACGAAGAGGGCCGAAGGCUGCUUCUAGAGAGCCAGGGCUGGAUGGCCUCCUGGACUGGGACCAGAAGAGCUCUGCUGUUGGAAUCAAUCAGAAACAAAAGGGCUGAAUUCUUGUUCAAUUUAGUCUGUCGCAGUCAUAUGGCUGAGAAGUGCUGCUCAACAAGAUGGUCUUGAUGAACCAGCAUCGGUGCAGAACGAUGGCGCAGGAAGGCAGAUACCUGCUUGUGACUCCUUCCUCCCCCCCUCCCCAAGGCACGGCCUCAGUAAUGGCGGCUGCCUCGAAGCCAACAUACGGUGACUUUUUUUAAAUGAUGAUGGAAUUGAGGGAAUGAGAGAGUGCAGCCUCUCUCUUUAAGACCAGCCUGCUCUUCUUGGCUGAACUGCACUGAAAACCAGUGGGAAGGCAACUGUCUGCCCCCAACACAGUCAGUCUCACACACACUGCCAGAUUUUCCCAUGAUGCUCUGAUGUAAAGAGACGGCAUGUGCAGAUUUGGAUCAGCAUAAAUUAUACACGUGUGUAUGACCUGUCAAAAUAGCAUUGAUUAGUGUAUGUGUGUCACUUAUGAUCUGAUCUGCCAUGCUUUGCUAUGAAUUACCAUAAUUUUGGAGGAUGUAUUUGUCUUUACCUGUCAUGGAUUCAGUAGAAAGGAUGAGCUGAUGGAUCAGUAUUUUGGUCUAGAAAUUAAUAUUGCAGAAGGAAAUGGGGACAUUUUGAUGUUGCUAGCAGGGGCAGAGAGGGGUUGGCUCAGGCCCAAAAUACUGGAAAGAGAAGAAUGGGAUUUUUCCACCUGCACUUUUUGUGAGCUCUGUUCAGAUGAUAACCAGACACACCCAAGGUGCCAUUUUCUGGCACCCUUCUACCCAGUGCCUCUCAGCGGGGUAGCCGGCUUGGGCACACGGGCGAAAAGGGCUACUGCUGCGCCAGGUGAACUGAGGUUCUGUCUGCCUCAAUGUUCUUGCAUAAGUCAAGCAGUUUAAACUGACUCCCAAGAUUGUACAGAGCCCGUGAGAGGUGGUGUCCACUCUGUGAGUACAUGUGAGAGGAUGGUGAAUCCGUCAGUGUGGCCGUAUUUCCAGAUUACAUGAGCAGAGUGCCGUUGGCUGCCCUGGAUCGCAGUCGCCUGUAGGGCACGACCAUGGAUCUAAUGCCUGGACUUUUCUCCCUGCAUUGGAUCAUUGCUCUCCUUCUGAGUCUUCUCAUAUUAGGGUAAUUUUAGGGGCAGGUCGGUAUUAUCAUCUGGAUCAGAGCUCUUAUUUACCUGGGACCAGGGAAUGGUGAGGUGUAGGACAGACAUAUGUACAUUACAUGUGUAAAUAUUUCUGAUAUCUUGUGAACCAUAGUUUGAGAAAGAUUAAGAAUAACCAAUGAUAGUUUAAUAUCUAGGAUAUUACGGGUGAGCAUUUGUUGAAAACCAGCAGAUUUGGGCAUGGCAACAGUGACCUUGGUUGUGUGUUUUUUUUUUUUAAUAAAAACUUAAUUUAAUGUGUUUGAAAGCAAGAAUAAUUUCUAAAUAAAAUACAUAGUCAAAUAUG